AUGGGCUCCCAGGACGUUUUUUAUGUGCCCAUCUUCUUUAUCAUUUUCCGUGAAGUCACUGAAGCCGCCAUCAUUGUAUCGGUGUUGCUGUCGUUCCUUCGACGCAUUUUCGACACGCAGUCGCCAGUUUACAAGCGGCUGCGCAAACAAGUUUGGAUGGGCACGCUCAUCGGCUUUGCCAUUUGCGCUGCUAUCGGUGCCGCUUUUAUCGCCGUCUGGUACACGGUGUUGUCUAACCUCUGGGGCAGUACCGAGCAACUGUGGGAAGCUGCAUUUUGCCUUAUCGCCGUCAUUCUCAUCACUGCCAUGGGCUUAGCCAUGCUCAAGACCGAACGUAUGCAAGAGGAAUGGAAGGUUAAAAUUGCCAAGGCCAUUGAGAGUAAAGAUGAGGCCAAGGGUAUCUCGGGCAAGAUCCAAAAGUACUCGUUCUUUGCUCUGCCGUUUAUUACAGUUCUUAGAGAAGGUCUUGAAGCUGUCGUAUUUAUUGGUGGUAUCUCGUUGAACGCCUCAGCAAAAUCGAUCCCGCUUCCAGUGGCCAUGGGCCUUCUCUGUGGUGUUCUCGUUGGUUUUCUCAUUUACCGUGGUGGCAGUCUAGUACGCCUCAGAUGGUUUUUCGUCAUUUCAACAAUCAUCUUAUACCUCGUAGCCGCUGGUCUUAUGUCACGAGCAAUCGGUUUUAUCGAGCAGUAUGAGUGGAAUAAAGUCAUUGGUGGCGAAUCUGCCGAAGAAGGUGGCGAUGUCAUUCCAUACAAGGUCUCUACAGCCAUCUGGCAUGUCUCGUGGGGCAAUCCUGAGAACAAUGACGGUACUACUGGUGGCUACCAAAUAUUUAAUUCGAUCUUGGGCUGGAACAACACGGCUACCUACGGAACGAUCCUCAGUUACAUCCUGUUCUGGCUCCUUGUCAUUGCUUUCCUUGUGUACCUCUACUUUGACGAGAAAAAGUCUGCGAUUCGUAAAGCAGAGGCCGGAGAAUGGGAGGUCGGUGACCUGGCCCUUGAGAAUGCAAAGAACUAUAUUGACGAAACUGGCGAGAUUAUGGUUGACAACAAGGAUGCCGAAGCCAAAGGCGAUUAUCAUGUCGAGCAAGCCAUUAUCGAGACUAACAGGAAGGAGUAAUAAUCACUAUUUUUAGUAAUCUUCCUCCCAUCUCCUCUAUCAUACUCUCCCCCCAAAGUUUUUAGCUGUCUCUCUAUUUUUCUAUAUCCGUAUGUUUCCUUCUUAC